UUGGUUAUUUCUACGUUCGUACCUUUAUUAAGCCUCAUAGCUUCUAGCAUCUGCUCAAUAAUACCAAGUGUUCAAGGUCCCAAUGACAUCGGGAUAAAAAAGCUUGGAGAUGUCAAAAAUCCCAAACAAGUAUCUGAGUCCGAGUGGAAAAAGGUUCUUCCUGCUGAGGCAUUUGAAGUAGCUCGUAACUCGGGCACGGAACGUCCAUUUUCUGGAGCCUUCGACAAGUUUUUCGAGAAAGGGAGAUACGUGUGCCUCUGUUGCGGUGCCGAGUUGUUUAAGCAAGUUUUCAUCUAUUUCUUUCUCUUCGCUUACUCGUUAACGUGCCCUCGACAAUUAUAUGAAUUUUUCAGUUCGGACUCGAAAUAUUGGUCUGGAUGUGGCUGGCCAGCAUUUUCGAAAUCCAUUGAUAAUGACAUGAAUAUCAUUCGACUGGAAGAUAAUUCAAUGGGUAUGAAGCGGGUUGAAGUUCGUUGUAAACAAUGCAACGCUCAUCUCGGUCAUGUGUUCGACGACGGUCCCAAGGAGACCGGUGAACGAUAUUGUAUCAAUAGUGUUUCUAUGGCGUUUGAAAAGGCUGACACAUAG